AUUUUUCUUAGUACUCGAGCGGCAACCGUCGGUUUAAUACCGUUAAUCUAUAGACGCGUUUUUUUUUUGGAAAAGUUACUUUUUUUUGUGACUUAUGCUCUGAGAUUUCGGUCACUAAAUUAAUGAAUGCGUACAAUUAAUUCAUAAAGAUUGUGCCGCAACGCAGCUGUUCCUGGUAACGGAAAACGAGCCGAUGGUGUUGAUGUUUUUAACAUAAAAGUGAAUGCACAAUUUUAAGUGGAUGAUAUACUUAGAGUUAUUGAUGAAUUCGUAUUUAAACAAUGUCCGAACACCAAGAGCCAGUCACCUGUGUACCGCCACCGCUUCCACCUAAGACCAAGAGAUAUCACGCCGUUACAACGGACAGAGACAUAGUAAUCAGUGCUCAUUCUAACCGCAACAAUUCGACGGUCAACCUCAAUACGGUCGACGUGAAUGUGCCCGGUUUCCGCGAGUUAACGUAUUCAUGCGAAAAUAGUGGUGAGAGUCACGUUGUUAAGAUCCGAAUUAGUCCGGAAGUGGUAGGGGGUAGUGACGGAACAGUGUGUUGCAGUGAAGAGGGUGGUGAGAGGGAGCUAUGUUCUAAGUUGGAUAGUGGAUGCAGCAUAAGAAUAUCUGUUAACAAUAAUACAAUGGUCGAUACGGCUGAGAGGUCUAACCUACCCCAUUACUUUUUUAAUCAAUUUGGAGGACUUAUGAGCAGUGGACAAAUAAGUCCGAGUGACACGUUAGACUCAGGGACCGGCAGCGAUUUGGAUGGGACUCCUCCACCUUUUAUGAAAAAGAAAAAUUCUGUUGGGGGAGUGAGUGUUACUGUUAUUGGUUCCCACAAAAAGGCGGCAAGUGUCAGUAGCGGAGCUGAGGUAGACAGCGACGAUAGCGAAAGUCACAGCAGUGAAAGUAGCAUCAGCUGCGAUUCGCUAAACUAUAGAAAACUGUUUUCUACGGGGAAAAAUAAAGCAAGGGAAAACAUCUCUGUUAUGCCUUUAAACUUAUUGCAGGAUAUUCGACAAAGAAAAGAAUCUCAAUCUCCCAGCCUGGUUGAUGAAAAAUGCUAUGAAGAGCGUCAAAAGGAGAACUCUACCUUAGCCAAAAAAGAUACAGAAAUACACUCAGACAGUUUUCUUAAAUUCCAUUUGAAUGAAAAGGAUAUCGAAGAAGACAUUCUACCUCGAACUUUGGUGAUUGAAGAUGAAACAUUUGCAGGAUACAAAGACCUGUUAGCAGGGGAAAAGUCAGGCACUAUUAGAAGUGCCAAAGGCACAGUGAGAGGCGUGAAAAAUAGAGUCAGGGCAGGCAUUGCCACGUUUUUACAAAUUAACUCAGCAGAAAAGACCUACAAAGCAAAAGACUCUGGAAAAGUGGUCGUUUAUACCACCACCAUGGGUAUAAUAAGAGAGACUUAUCAAGCAUGUAUGAAAGUAAAACAGAUACUCAGAACAUUACUCAUAAAAUUUGAGGAGAGAGAUGUUUUCAUGAGUACAGAUUAUCAGAACGAAAUUAGGGAGAGAAUGAAAUCUGAUCAAAUUUUGGUGCCCCAAGUGUAUAUCGAUGGACAGCAUUGUGGUGAUGCCGAAACUAUUGAAAAGUUAAAUGAAUCUGGAGAGCUUCGAAAAAUUCUAAAACCUUACAAGAGUCCAGACGCUUGCUCAACCUGUCAAGUCUGCGGAGGUUACAGACUUUUGCCAUGUGGAAUUUGCAAUGGAAGCAAAAAGUCCGUCCACAGAAACCAUUUUACGACAGAAUUUGUAGCACUUAAAUGUAUGAACUGUGACGAAAACGGGCUCGUCAUGUGUAGCAACUGUUAGUUUAAGGCAAUAUCUAAAGGCUGAUUUAUUUAAAAUAAUUUGAUAUUAUCAUAAAUCGCUUUCAUGGAAAAAACCGUUGCUGGCAAAAGCAUUUUGAAAGUAUACGCACAAUGAUACAAUUCUUAAUAUAAAAUAUGAUUAUUUCAAGAAGACAUUUUACAAGUUGCUCCUUAUAAAAUUCUGAUCAUUUACAAUCAUUAUAUUUUGUGUAUAAAGCUUUUAUACUUACAAUAUAUUUUAAAUGUUUCUAAUAUAAAAAAUGGGUAUUAAAAAAAGAAAUACUUGAAGCAAACGUAAGUAAUUAAAAAUUGAAUAUAAAGUUUAUUUUAUUUAGUUUGCAUAAGUGCCAUGGAGAAAAUAAUCUCUAAAAAUAUUAUACAAAAUGAUAUAUACAAAACUAUUUCAUCAUAUUUUAUAGUUGUUAUAUUUUUAUUUAGGUUUAAUUAGUGCUAGUAUGAUAUUAUAAGAUAUAUUUGUUUCUUUUUUUUUUGUAUAAAAUAAAUAUUUUAGUAAUA